AUGACUACCUCCCUCGUGGCCCCAAAGCGGCCCUUCGUCACCCUUCCUUUUCUCCUUCCUUCCUGGACAGAUAGUCUUGCGCUUGGGUCUCGGCGCCAUCAAUCAUCAUAUCGGCGCACAAAACAGCGUCUACGCGUGAAGCCGGAUGCCUCAUUUGGCCCCUCGAACCAGAAUCGCGAUCAGAUCAUCUACAACCCUCCUUCUAGCGCUCCAACAGUCUUCCAUACCCCGAGCAAAUUCUUGCCACCCACCGAUGCUCGGAGGCUGAUGCGCGUGGAAGACUCGGUUAAAAUGACUCCCAACGUCAACACCCUCCCCCAGGUCUUCAAGAACGGCUCCGAGCGAAAGUACCACCUGGGUCCCUCGGAAGUUGAAGAAAUCCGUCAACUCCGAUUGAGUGACCCUAUGACCUGGAGCCGAAACAAACUUGCCAAGCGAUUUGAGUGCUCGCCACUUUUUAUCGCCUUGGUCUGUGAGGCUGGCCCAGAGAAGAAGCAAAUUCAGAAGCAAGUGAUGGAAGCUGUGCAGUCACAAUGGGGACCGAAGCGGCGGAUGGCUCGAGAGGACCGGAAGUUGCGCAGGGAGGCCUGGUGCCGCGAUGAAUGA